AUGGACGUGUCACAAUACCUUGCAGACUCACCUCCUACGGUGGUACCGCUGGUCAUUAAGCCCCACUUCGAAGCACUGACGAAUAAGCAAAAGCUUUAUGCUCACCAUAUCUCAAAGGCGGCCUUCUUUGGUACACGCAUCAUCCUACGUCAAGUGUCCCCAGAAUCAGAACCUAUCUACAAUCUGAUCAUCGCACUGCACAGACAUUGCCAUGGCGAUUGGGCUUCUCUAGCUAAGGAUGCCGGUGUUGGCAAUGACGAAUUGCAACACGUCCUGCAGUACUUCACCCAAUUCCUUGGGAAUCUAGGCAACUACAAGGGCUUUGGAGAUGUCAAAUUCAUUCCCAGAUGCUCAUCUCAAACCAUUGCGGCGCUGGCUGCAAAGGCGUCCGUGGCGGAAAAGUUCCACGAGCAGUGCAAGUCUGCCAUUUACGCUGAUGGAGGAAAACCGGCCCUGAUGCAUUUUGGUUUCCCUGGUCAAGGUAACAUGUCUACUUACUACCCAGAGUCACCCAAUAUCACUAGGGAGGAGAUCGAGAAAGUAGGAGAGUUGCUGGGUGCGAAGGGUAUCCUACCGGAAAACACUCGGGUUCGAAAGACAAAGGCCGGGGACUAUGAGGUUCUCAUUGCGUCUGCCCUUUCAAAGCCGCCGCCAGAAGGGAGCGAUGUUGGUGAGGUGACCACUUGGGAGCUCUCUUCACCCCUUGAAGGCAAGAAAGUUUCACUGGUCUUUGGAGAUCAUCAAGAAGAAAUGGCAAAGAUAGCCUUGCACAUGAAGAAAGCAGGCCUACAUGCCGCGAACGAUACCCAGAAGACGAUGAUGAUUGCGUACGCAAAGUCCUUUGGCACCGGGUCUCUGAAAGCGUUUAAAGUGAGCCAAAAGCUCUGGGUCAAAGAUAAGAGCCCAGAAGUGGAGUCCAACAUCGGGUUCAUCGAGACCUAUCGGGAUCCCGCUGGUGUCAGAGGUGAAUGGGAGGGCAUGGUAGCCAUGGUCAACAAAGAGCGGACCCGAGCCUUUCAGAAUCUCGUCGAAGCUGCCCCUGCUGCCAUACCCAAGCUGCCUUGGUCAAAGGACUUCGAAAAAGAUGAGUUCAGUGCUCCGGAUUUCACGUCGCUUGAGGUUUUGUCGUUCGCGAGCUCAGGCGUUCCAGCAGGAAUUAAUAUACCUAAUUACGACGAUAUUCGACAGCAGAUCGGUUUCAAGAAUGUCUCCCUGGGCAAUGUGCUAGGUGCCAAAGCACCCAACGAACCCAUCCCUUUCAUUCGUCCCGAAGAUCUGGAACUCUACCAAGAAAACCGUGACGCGGCGUUCGAAGUCCAAGUCGGUAUCCACGAACUCCUAGGCCACGGCACGGGUAAGCUACUCCAGGAGACAUCCCCCGGCGUCUUCAAUUUCGACCACAAAGACCGUCCCGUUAGCCCCAUAACCAAAAAGCAAAUAUCAACGUACUACGGCCCGUCCCAAACAUACAGCACCGUCUUCGGCCCUACCGCCUCUUCCUACGAAGAAUGCCGCGCCGAAUGCGUCGCUAUGGCUCUCUCAUGCGAUUUCUCGCUCCUCAAGAUCUUCGGCUUUGGCGACGGUGAGAUCGACAUGAGUGGUAAAGCCGGCGAUGUGCUCUACGCCAGCUAUUUGUCAAUGGCAAGAGCAGGCGUCGUAGCGCUGGAAUUCUGGGACCCCAAGAGCAAGAAAUGGGGACAGAUCCACAUGCAAGCGCGCUACUCCAUCCUCAAAACGUUCCUCGGCGCCGGCGACUCCUUCUGCAGGCUCGACUCCAAAAAGGAUGACCUAUCUGAUCUGACUAUUCACCUUGACAGAAACAAGAUCCUCACCCAUGGCCGUCCAGCUGUAGAAGCUUAUCUGCAACAAUUGCAUAUCUUCAAGAGUACGGCAGAUGUCAAGGCGGGAAGGGAGUUGUAUGAGCGUAUGACGAGUGUUGAGGGUAAUUUCUGGGCGGAGAAGGUGAGAGGACAGGUUUUGAAGAAGAAGACGCCGAGGAAAGUAUUCGUGAUGGCCAAUACGGUUGAGGUUGCGGGCGGGAAGGUGGAGUUGAAGGAGUAUGAGAGCAGUAUCGAGGGGAUGAUAAGGAGUUGGGCUGAGAGGGAGGUCUGA